AUGAUCCCAGUUGCUCUUGAUCCUGGGGCCAAGAUUUCAGUCAUUGUGGAGACAGUCUACACCCAUGUGCUUCAGCCGUAUCCAACCCAGAUCACUCAGUCAGAGAAACAGUUUGUGGUGUUUGAGGGGAACCAUUAUUUCUACUCUUCCUAUCCAACGAAGACACAAACCAUGCGUGUGAAGCUUGCCUCCCGAAAUGUGGAGAGCUACACCAAGCUGGGGAACCCCACGCGCUCUGAGGACCUGCUGGAUUAUGGGCCUUUCAGAGAUGUCCCUGCCUAUAGUCAGGAUACUUUUAAAGUACAUUAUGAGAACAACAGUCCUUUCCUGACCAUCACCAGCAUGACUCGAGUCAUUGAAGUCUCUCACUGGGGUAAUAUUGCUGUGGAAGAAAAUGUGGACUUGAAGCACACAGGGGCUGUGCUUAAGGGGCCUUUCUCACACUAUGAUUACCAGAGACAGCCAGAUAGUGGAAUAUCCUCCAUUCGUUCUAUAUAUAAUAGACAAUUAUAAAGAUUUGGAGGAGAA